UGUUGCUAGGUAACACUCCAGGCUCGGCGCUCUGGCCCUGCGCACUGCUGCGGGGUUGGGCGCCAUCUUUCGGCGCUCGCUUGCUCUCCCCUGCCGGGAUCUCAUCAUGGAGUCGCAGUGCGAUUACUCGAUGAUCUUCCCGGCAUGUCCCGUGUUACCGGCGGACCUCCCGGGCCGGUACCGCUCCCUCCCCCGCCGCAACCACCUCUACCUGGGAGAGACGCUGCGCUUCCUGCUCGUAUUGCGGCUUCGGAGCGGCGGGGAGGCCGGGCAGGACAGGGCGGGGUCUGAGGCCUUAUGUCAGGAGAGUCCGGGGGCCGAGAACUGCUCCUGGGCCCCGCUGGCCGCCUCUCUGUCUGCCCUGGCCAGUGUGUGCCCCGGGGAGGAGGAGCCCGAGGAGGAGGACGAGAGCGGCGGGGAGCGCGGAGGAGCCUACCGGGGGUGCAGAGCCAUCCUGAGCCAGCAGCAGCCUGCGGGGGGCGCCCUGGGGACGCCGGUCACUGACCCUGUAGUAGCCUGUGAUGAGGUCAUCUUCCCCCUCUCCGUGUCUCUGGACCGUCUGCCACCCACUACUGUAAAAGCAAAGAUAGUGGUCACAGUCUGGAAGAGGGACUCUGAGCAGUCUCGGGCAAAGACCCUCGGAUACCGCUCUCUGCUGCUCAAUUCUACACCAGGUCAGAUCUUCAAGGAGGAGCAGGCCACCUUCAAGGCUCAAGUGAGUACCCUCCUCACCGUGCUCCCACCUCCCACCCUCAGGUGCCGUCAGAUCAACGUGUCCGGGAAACACCUCACAGCUCUGAAAGUGCUGAACACUUCCUCUCAGGAUGAACUCUGUAUUCGGGAUGUACAGAUACUCCCCAACUUCAAUGCCAGUUACCUGCCCGUCAUGCCCGACGGCUCGGUGCUCCUUGUGGACAAUGUCUGUCACCAGUCAGGAGAUGUCAGCGUGGCCUCCUUCCUGCGCCUGCACAGCUGCUCAUCCCAGUUACCCAGCAUGCUCUGCUCCCUGGAGGAGCACAAUUUCCUUUUCCAGCUGCAAACAGGAGAGCGCCCCCCGGAGGAUGCCAAAGAGGGUCUGGAGGUUCCUUUAAUCGCUAUAAUUCACUGGUCCACCCCAAAGCUGCCAUUUACAUCUGGAAUAUACACCCAUUACAAGCUCCCCAGUAUUCGCCUGGAGCGGCCGCGGUUUGUGAUGUCGGCGCGCUGUGACUCCCCGGUACAGACACACACCCCGUUUCGUGUUACAUACACUCUGCUGAAUGAUCUGCAGGACUUCCUGGCUGUCCGACUGGUCUGGACCCCAGAUACCAACAUGGCAGCGGGUGGUAGAUGUCUGUCAGAAGAGGAGCGGCGAGUUACACAAGCAGCACAGGAGGCCGUUGUGUGUUACACCCCUAUUAAUAGUCUGGGCUUCUGUCGCAAAGGAAGCUCCGUCACCAUCGGCGUCACAUUCAUGGCAUUAAAAGCCGGGCUGUUUGAGCUCAGUCAGCAUAUGAAGCUGAAGCUGCAGUUCACAGCCAGUGUGUCUCAGGCCCCUCCGGACGCUCGUCCUGUCUCACGUAGGAGUAGUCCCAGCAGCCCUGCCCUGAGGGACCUAGAAAGACAGCAGCAGGGGGGCGCUCUAGGGAGGUCACAGUCCUUCUCUCACCAGCAGCCUCCUCGUGGGCAGCUCAUCAGGACCGGAAGUGUGAUGGAGCGGCGUGCCAUUACCCCACCUGUGGGAUCCCCCUUGGGUCGACCGCUGUAUUUGCCUCCUGAGCGGGCUGCUCUGUCUCUGGAUAAAAUUGCAAAGCGCCAGUGCAAAGUUCUGGUUGUGAAUCCGGUCCAGUGACCCCCACAGUCCCCCCCCCAACGUUGUAAAGGAGGAGACUCGCCCCACCCGAAGGUGGACGGGGAAGCCAACAAAAGUCUGGGAUUGAAGAGGGAUGUGUGGACCAAGCAACCUGUGCUUGAAGGGAGAUUAAGCCAAAUCCUGGAUAGGGGGAUUAAAGGGCCAACAUAAGCUUGGCUUAUUAAGGGACCGGAGCCAAAUAGUCUCUGCUGGAGCGGCGUUGCAGCCUUUAGAGAUGGUGACAUGGAGCUGAAUGCUGCCUGUGUCAGUUGGGUAACGGGGCCAAAUGCAGCUAGUGCGGGGAGCAGAACUGUAGACCACACAGCCUAUGGGAGGGGAGGAAUGUAGGCGGGGACUAAAAAUAAGCCUUGUCCAUGUGGGUGGGAGUGAGUUGUAAAUCCUGUCCACGUGGACAGGAAGCGGGAUUAAGCCCUGCCCACAUGGACAGGAAGAACGAUUAAGCCCUGCCCACAAUGGACAGGAAGAACGAUUAAGCCCUGCCCACAUGGACAGGAAGAACGAUUAAGCCCUGCCCACAUGGACAGGAAGUAUGAUUAAGCCCUGCCCACAUGGACAGGAAGUAAGAUUAAGCCCUGCCCAUGUGGGCGGGCCCAAAGUAUGGGGGUGGGAUGGGAUUAAGGUACUACUGGGGUGACAUUCCCUCCAUUUGAUGCUAGGAAACGAUGGCAGAACAGACUGUACUCCUGGCUGUGUCCCCGCCAUCUCUUCCAGACAUUCAGGAUUUUUUUUAUGUUUACAUUUUUUUGCCUUUUAUUUUUAUUUAUACAUUUCAGACACCGGACUUCUGCACUCGCCCAGGAAUACCCUGGGUUUGCACAUGACCCCAAUGUUCUGUCUAACGCUGCGGGUAGACCGUUUAUAAGCGAGUACUUUAUUGUCAGUAUACACACUGGAAGCAUUGCCUGUCAGGACUUAUGGAGGUGAUGAAGGGACCUUUUUUUUUUUUUUUUUUUUAAAUACUGUAUCAGGAUUACAGGUCAGAUUUUAUUUUUAAAAGAAAAAGUGAAUUAUGUGUUUUAAAAUUAAUUUAAAGGUACAAGCACCAUGGACCAAAUGCCAAAACUGUAAGAUGAUUAUGCUGUAAGAUUGUGGACCACCAGGAAUGUGUCAGGUAGAGUUUUCUGGCUAUGCAUAGUGUUGGAGAUUGCUGCACCACCUGCUGGAUGCAGUGCUGUGCUGCACCACCUGCUGGAUGCAGUGCUGUGCUGCACCACCUGCUGGAUGCUGCAUUUCUCCACCUGCCUAACACUGUUCUGUUCCGCCUGCUGGAUGCAGUGCUACACUGCUCCACCUGUGGUAUGGUUGUAAUUUAUAAGGAUACAAUGAUGUGCUGUCCUUGGGCCCAGCACACUGGUCUAGUAUAUCCAGUACAUAGAUAUUGGAGGUAAGGAUCAUUCUAGGCUUAGGCAUGCAGAUUCAUCAUCUAGGUACAAGUAUUUAAGGCUGUGUUCACAUGUUGCAUUGCGGUUUUAUUGCAGUAUGGCAUUGUUUUUACUGUGAUUAUGCAAUACCACAACAGUACUGCAGUGAAACUGAAAUGUGUGAACACAGCCUAAAGGGGAGAUUCAGCCCCAGAUCAGGUACAGCCCACUUAUAAUAGAUUUUAUAGAUGGAUAGAUUAUAAAACUAGGGCCCUCCAAGUAGUGUGCAGGGGCCGGAGUGGGCCCGUGUUCAGGAGUAUUACCCUUCAAAUGUGAUUGGAUUUCACAGAGAUCCCCGGAUAGGUAGCCGUCAUAUUUAUGAGCACGUACUGGCCGGUUAGGGAGUUCUCCAUCAUUGUUUUGUGUGCUUUUAGCUGCUAAAAUACUGCUCUGGUUAUUACCACAGUCCCUGAGGUCGGAGCUAUGAGUGACCUUUACAGGUGCAGUUCCCCUUUAAAGGGGGUGCUCCGCUGCCCCCAGCAUUCAACAUUUUGUUCUGGACGCUGGGUGCGGGCGGCGGAGGUCGUGAUGUCAUGGCCAGGCCCCUCGUCACGGAACGCCCCCUCAAUGCAAGUCUAUGGGAGGGGGC